AUGUCGAAAAUAUUAAUAUCCUUUCCUCUUUUCCUCUCUCUGUUCUUCUUGUUUUUCUUCUGGUUCUCAUCUGCAGAUUCUCAGAGGACGAUCACGACGAAAGAAUCUCACGAGUCGUCGGAGACUACGACGGAGAGCUAUUCCAACACCUUCAAUAAGGUGUAUGCGUUUGGAGGGUCGAGCACCGACACGGGAAACGCUGAGUCCAUGGGAGUUAUUAAAGAAGAAUCGUCGUCUUCUUCUUCUACUACUGUGACGCGCCAUGAGUCUUCGUCGAAGGAGACGACGUCGACGGAGUAUUCCGAUGGUCGGAUGAGUAAUGGGGGCUUGGUUGUGGAUUAUCUCUGUAAAGAUCUUGAUAUACCGCCUCUCCCUCCGUAUAAAGGUGAGUCGUCGUCGUCGUCUUCGUCCAGUAGUGAGGAAAGUAGUUCGUCGUCGACGGAAUCCAGUAGUUCUUCUUCGACGUCGAUUAGCGGUAAAGGCUCUGCUUCGGCAGCUGCUGGUGGUGCCGGUGGCGGUUCAGCCGACAGUUCGGCUGGUGCUGGUGGUUCAGCCGGCGGUUCAGCUGGUGCUGGUGGUGCAGCCGGUGGCUCAGCUGGCGGUGCUGCUGGUGCCGGCGGUUCUGCGGGUGCUGGUGGCUCAGCUGGCGGUGCUGCUGGUGCCGGCGGUUCUGCGGGUGCUGGUGGCUCAGCCGACGGUUCUGCGGGUGCAGGUGGUUUAGCUGGCGGUUCGGCUGGUGCAGGUGGUUCAGCCGGCGGUUCUGCUGGUGCAGGUGGUUCAGCCGGCGGUUCGGCUGGUGCUGGUGGUGCAGCCGGCGGUUCGGCUGGUGCUGGUGGUUCAGCUGGAGGUUCUGCUAGUGCGGGUGGUUCCGCGGCCGGUUCAGCCGGUGCCGGUGCUUCGGCGGCCGGUUCAGCCGGUGCUGGAGGUUCAGCAGGCGGUUCAAUCGGAGGUUCGGCGGGUGCUAGUGGUUCAAUUGGAGGUUCUGCUGGAGCAAGUGGUUCAGCGGGCGGUGCAGCCGGUGCAGGCGGUUCAGCCGGUGGAGGUGGUUCAGCGGGCGGUUCAAUCGGAGGUUCUGCAAGUGCGAGUGGUUCAAUCGGAGGUUCGAUCACUGCUGGCGGUUCAGCCGGAGGUGCGGGUGGGAGAGCCGGAGCAAGUGGUAGAAUUGGCAUAUCCGCCAGCAUAAAUUUCAGUUUCGGGAUAAAUUUCGCCAUUGCAGGAUCAACAUUCCUGUCAAAGAAAAACUACAGCAACCAAGGAACAAACCCCUUCUUCCACGGUGGAAUACCUCUCCCAUUCGAUACAGAGAUACAGUGGUUCAACCAGUUUUUAGCAUCAAAGGGGUGCAACAGCGUGGCCGGCGAUCCUCGUUGCAAGGCGGAAGUUGAAAACGCCCUCUUCUGGUUAGGCGCCGUGGGUGCAUCCGACUACACUCGCGUCAAUGGACAAACUGUCCUUAAUCUUAGAGGAAUCUCUCAGUUGUGCAUUUUCCACAUCUCAAAACUCCUCAAGGUGGUGCUUCAAGCAGGAGCAAGAUACAUAGUAGUACAAGGCUUACCCCCAGUGGGGUGUCUUCCGGCGGCCAUAUCCCGGCCAUUCAUCCUGCGCGACCGGAACGGCUGCUCCAUCGCCUUAAACACCGCCACGGACAUCCACAACCGGCUGCUCAUGAAGGUGCUAGCCAAGUUCAGACAACAGUACCCUCAGAGCACCAUCCUCUACGCCGACUACUGGCGGGCGUUCAUGGAGAUCUACACCAACAACUUCAAGUACAAGUUCGCCGAGCGGACCAAAGCCUGCUGCGGCGCCGGCGGCGGAACCCUCAACUUCAACCCCCUGCAGGUCUGCGGCAGCAACGGCGCCUCCACCUGCAAGAACCCCCAUGAAUACAUCAGCUGGGACGGGAUCCACUUCACCGCCGCCAUGAACAUGAAGCUCUCGCAUCUGUUCUUCAAGGAAGGGUACUGUCAGCCGCCGUUUUCCGAGCUCGUCAAGAAGAGAAAGUUAGCAAUGAAGCAGAAGCAAUAGGGGAGGGGUAUUAGUAUAUAUGUGUGUAGGUUAGUUGAGACUUGAGAAUCGUUGCCGCCCCGGAUGGAUGGGAUUAAUUCCGGCCAUCCUGCGAGCGAGAAAGUAGGUUUAACGGCGAGCCCUAUAUAUUGUGGUAUGAAACUAUAUAAUGGAGAUCAUCGUAUCCUUGUACCUACGUGAAAGAACAUGCGUAGGUUGACUACUUAAUUGACUGCCAUGAAGGAA